GCCAAUAUUACCCCUGUCGCCAAUGAUCAAGUCCCGCACUGGCUGCAUGCACAGUCUGGGUCCGGACUUGCUUACAACGCUUACCAAGAUGCUUACCUACGAGACUUGCAUGCUUUUGCAGACUGACAAACCGAACAGUAAACACCAGACGAAGUAGUCGGCGCUCAGAGCCAAGACAUUUGAGGCGGGGAUGAAGCGAAUACGGUCCUUUUGUGCUCAGAUGGUAAGGUGAGGAGGCUAGGUGAUGAAAAAGGCUUGUCUUCCCGCGGUUCCCGGUUCAUGGCGGUGAGUUUGGAGAUUGGAACUUGUAAUGUUCCUUAUCACAGACAUCGUCGGCCGGUGGGAGUCUAAAGAGCUGUGACACGCCUCUCUCAUGGGCCAACUGCGAAGCAAACGAGAAGAUAGAUCGACUUGACUCGCCCGCCAGAAGCACAUCUUGAUUCGAUUUAAAAACAUCAUGGAAUCAGACACUUUCCAAGAGCAAACUCUUCACCUCCUCGAGAGAAUCGCACAGUCUCAAACGGCCUUGGAAGCGCGCCUCGCCGCAAUGGAGACGAUACUCACCCACCGCGACACGCAUACGCAACCCCAACACCCAGCCUUUCCGCAAUUCCGCCAGCUGCCUCCCGAACUACGACACCGAGUCUGGUCCCUCGUCGCCAUCCCUUCACGUGUCCUCCGUCUAGACGCACGAAACAGGAAGAAGACGAAGACGAGCAAGUCACCAUCGUCACCACCGCCAUUACUCCCACCCACCACCGCCGGAGCAUGUCGUGAGUCGCGGGCCGUGGCGACGAAGUACGGUGCGCUAGCGAGGCUUACCUACGAGGGGAACACAAAGGGCGAGGGGGCCAGGACGCGGUGUUAUUGGUUUGAUGGGUCCCGCGAUGUAUUGGAGAUAGACGGCUGGAUUGACGUCGAAGGUGACUCGCCGCGGGGCAUCAGGGAUCUGGUACAGAGGGCGCGGCAUGUUCUCGUGGGUCGCGCUGAGGCGGAGUGGUAUGCCCGUCUUUUCGAACAAGCGACGCUGGUGAAGCGUGUGAGUUUGAAGUUUGAUUUUGUGGGUGUGCGGUGUAGCACGCAUGGUCGGGACGCAGUGAGACGUAUGUUUGGCGGCGGUGGUGAUGGCGAAGCUGAGCGUACGAUCGUUGUCACGGAUCUGGAAGAUGCAGAUGAGAUUGCGAGGGUGAAGAGCGUGCUGGGCUCUGGGUGGCGGAAUCCGGUGUUUUUGGAGUUUGAUCUCGAGCUUUGGGCGAGGAGUGGAACGGACAGGAUGGGUAGGGCUGUGAGGGAUGAGAAGUGGAUGAGGAGGUUGAAUGGGACUUGGAUGAGCGAGGUUGCGAGGGGGUGGGUUAUGGCUCGGGCUGCUGCGAUAUCUAUGAUGGUGAUGGGCGAUGGCGAGGUAGAGGCGGAAGGCGGUCGAGAGGGCGAUGGAGGGAGCUCAGAGGCGAGAAUGCGCGUGGCGAGAGCGGUGACUUUGGAUGCUGAAGAUGAGUUUACGAAGGAGGCGCUUCUGGGUAUGCCAGAGGUCAGGUUUGUUAGGGCUUUUCAUCUUGAUGAAGACUAUGGUGUCUGUCAUUCAUAGCAAAGCGGCCUCCGUCAUCUUUAACUUCUUAUAGAUGCCAAGACCUCGCAGCUACUAGCUUUACGUCGACUUCAGCCAAACAGAAAUCAACUUUAGUCUUCAUGUCAUACAACUGAUGGCUAGUUGAAACAGAAACCAUUUUCCUAAGAUGUAAUUAAAAUACUGUCCGAUAUACACAAAAUGAACCC